AUGUUUUUAAAAGAAUAAAUUGCAGACGCACACGGAGAGCGAGAAACCAGGCGGCUCUACCGCAGUCAGUCAGUCAGUCGCUGGCAGCGGGGGGAAGAGGGCGACCCCUCUCGAGGGGCGGCGAAGGGCUCCCAACCUCCUCUCAGACCUGAGGGGCUGAAACCGCCAGCGCCCUCUCCAGAGAGGGCCGCGGCGGUUGCCGCCUCCGCCGCCCUGAUUCCGUCCCCCAGGCGCUGGCUCUCUCUUUUUUGCCCCCUCUUUCUCUCUCUCUGAGGAGAUAAGGAGGAACUUUUCCCUCCUCUCUUUCUGUUUAUUUAAAUCCUUUCUCUGACGAGAAGGAAGAGGCAGGUUCCCGGUUGCCGCAACGCGCAUGCUCGGCGCAGGCGCCAUUUUGGCAGGGCCGGGGAAUUAACCCAGCGGGAGCAGCGGUGGCGGUGGCGACGGGUGGCGGAGCUCGGCCCGGCUCAGAGGUGGCAUCAGCGGCCUGGGGUUGGGCGGGUUGGCGGAGCCCGCUGCGGAGAUGGCCAACAUCGCGGUGCAAAGGAUUAAGCGGGAGUUCAAGGAGGUGCUGAAGAGCGAGGAGACGAGCAAAAAUCAGAUUAAAGUAGAUCUUGUAGAUGAGAAUUUUACAGAACUAAGAGGAGAAAUAGCAGGACCUCCAGACACACCAUAUGAAGGAGGAAGAUAUCAACUAGAAAUAAAAAUUCCAGAAACAUAUCCAUUUAAUCCUCCUAAGGUGCGGUUUAUCACCAAAAUAUGGCAUCCUAAUAUUAGCUCAGUCACUGGGGCUAUAUGCUUGGAUAUCCUAAAAGAUCAAUGGGCAGCAGCAAUGACUCUAAGGACAGUGUUGUUAUCACUGCAGGCACUCUUGGCAGCUGCAGAACCUGAUGAUCCACAAGAUGCAGUUGUAGCAAAUCAGUACAAACAAAAUCCAGAAAUGUUUAAACAGACAGCUCGACUUUGGGCACAUGUGUAUGCUGGAGCACCCGUUUCUAGUCCAGAAUACACCAAAAAGAUAGAAAACCUUUGUGCUAUGGGCUUCGAUAGGAAUGCAGUAAUAGUGGCCUUGUCAUCAAAAUCUUGGGACGUAGAGACAGCAACAGAACUACUUCUGAGUAACUGAGCCAUGUGCAGAGAACUGCUUCUGUAGUCCAGCUUACCCUUUCUCUCGAGGAGCAGCACCAUCUCUUAUUUUUAGGUUUCUAUAUAGAUUCUCUUUUAAAACUGGCAUUCUUGCCUGAUGCUAUCUAGGCACUAUUGGAGACUGAAAAAAAAAAGAAACAUGCUCUGUAAAUAAAGCUAAUUAAACGUCUGUGUAAAUUUAAAAAAAAAAAAGAGGGGGAAAUACUUUAAUUUUUUCUUACUAAAUAUUGUAAAUUCCUUGAGCUUGGCUAAAACAAUGGGGGGGGGGGACAACAUGCCUACUUUAGAGUUAGCGGCGUGACCAAGACUAGCAGGAAUUUGUGUCAGGAUUUUGACUUUUAAGAAUUGCUCAGAACACAUCACUGAUUGUAUCCAUAGUCAUCAGUUGUUGAUGUCACUCAUCCCAGCUACCUUAACCGUUUUUUAAAAUGGAUCCUACGUGCCUGUGAACUGACCUUGUAUUUGCAUGCUUGUACUUUACUUAGACACUUAAAAGAGUAGGGUAAACUGAACAGAGCACCAUUUGAAGUACUUGAGUAUUCAUUCUUGUAACUUUUCCUAAAAACUUCCCAGAUGUGCUCAUGGUUCAAAAUAACGGCCUACUCAGAAACGUUUUCACCGCCUAAUGAAUAGUAAUCCCACAUCUCUUCCUUUUCCCCCCUCACCCCCUCCGCCCAUAUGCCCAGCUGCACUCAGCUACAAUAUCACACUAGAACCUCUCCAGAAUUUUGUGGGUAUGUGCCAUUUAAAAGUAGCCUAGUUUUCCCACUGCAGGUGGUAUAUUUUGAAUAACCAGUAAAAGUGUUUCAACCAUUGUAAUUUCUACACUAUUGUAUAAAGGUUUGGUAUAUUUGGACAUAGCACAAACAAGUGGAGCUGCUCUUUUGUUUCUUACGCAGAAAUCAAACCUCUUCCAAUAAAUUCUGGAUAGAAUUAA